GUCUCCGCCGGGCCGCCGCCCCGCCCCCCUCCUGCCAAUCACCGCCGCCCCGCCCCCGAGACCCGAGGUGCGGGGUUUGAAAGCGGGCCGGUCCACGCGGCUCGCAGAGGGGGGGGAGGGGGACGAGACAGGCAGCGGCGUAUCCGGCGGUUGCGGGGCGGCCUCGUCCUACCGGCGGGAGCCGCCCCCGCGCUGUUGGCCGAGCCCUCCCCGCGCGGGGCGCCGGCCCCGGGAGCGGCCCGGGAGCGGUUGGUCCGGAGGGCCGCCCGCCCCGCUCCCCCCCCGGCCGGCGCAGUGGGAGGCGCCCGGGCGCGCGCGUCACCCAUUGUUUACAAACCAACGCCAGCGGGCCGAGCUCCAGCCGCGACCGCAACGCCGGAGCCGCGUGUGCUCGCGCGCGCGCGGGGCGGCGGGCGGGCGGCGGCCCCGGUCCCGCUGCGGCGGCUGCGGCACGGCGGGGACCCGGCAGAGAUGCCGUGCCGCCCGGGCGAGCGCUUCCUGCUGCUGGAGCGCCCGGUCGCCGUGGGACAGGCGGGCUCCAAGGACGUGGACGCGCUGGUGGCCAAGCUGGGCGAGGUGCUGCAGCUGAGCGCCCAGCGGGCGCCGCCGCCGCCCCGCGCCCCCAAGCACCUGGGGCCGGGCAGCGCCCGAGACCGCGCCGCCCCCUACUCGCCGCGGUGCUGCAGCGGCGGCGGGGCCGGGCUGCUGGCGCCGCGGGGUCCGGCCCCGCCGCAAGCCCACCCGCAGCACGCCGAGAGCCCGCGGCCGGACCGGAGCGGCCACCAGCGGGUGACCAAGCAGCUGUGCGGCCGCGGCUGGCUGCGGAGCGCCGCCCGACGGAGGAAGCAGCCGCCGCCGGGGCCGGGCGACGGUCCGGCGGAGGAGGAAGACCCGCACCGGCUCCUGCAGCAGCUCAUCCUCUCCGGCAACCUCAUCAAAGAAGCCGUCCGGCGACUGCAGCUGGCGGCGGCGGCGGCGGCAGCGGCGGCAUCCGCGGCCUCCAGCGGCAGCGCCUCGGCGGGGAGCGGCGGCGCGGACGGCGAGGCGGCGGCGGCGGCGGUGCAGCCCCUGCAGUAGCCGGCGGGGCCGAGCGGCGGUGACCGGGGCGGAAGAGCGCGGC